AUGCCUUUCACCGCUUCGGAUAUCUGCAAGAUCAUCUUCGCGAUCAUUCUUCCCCCACUGGGUGUCUUCCUCGAGCGAGGAUGCGGUGCUGAUCUCCUGAUCAACAUCUGUUUGACAAUCCUGGGUUGGCUCCCUGGUGUCAUUCACGCCUUCGCCAUGACACAACGUGGGCUUGACGCCCAUGACGGCAGCAUGUCGUGGAUCGCGCUGGUCCCUGAAAGUUGUCUCCUUAUCGCCGUCGGUCUUCGUCGGUUUCGAUGCUUGCUUGGGGUGAUUCUGAACGUUUCCACUGUUUGGGAUGCGUGUCCGAAGAGAUGGGAUCUCGAUUGCCUGUGUCGGACGAAUACGACGAGCGGCUAUACACUGGGGGAGGCAUCGUUCCGCUGCAGUCUUUCUAUGUGUUCGAUGGAGACAGUGUUUCGCUCUGACCUAUAUGAUAUUUGCGACUCCGUGCCGGGAGCUUUGCCGCGAACUCAUGCUACGAUCACUGCUACAGUUAUGCCAACGGCAACACAAACGCAGGAGUCUACCACGACUACUGAGCCCUCCGAUACUAGAUCUAGCUCCACCUCCAGCUCUCCUUUGACCCUCAGUUCAAGCUCCGCCUCCACCUCUACUUCCGCUUCCAGCCACAGCUCUAUUUCUACUCCGACUUCCAGCUCGAGUAUGACAACUUCGCUCACCUCGUCUACUCAACAUAGCUUUGCGACCACCGAAACCUUCCGGGUUCCCUUGACGGCAACCACUCCGCAACAGCUCCCCACAAGUACUGGAAAUACUGGCAACACUACCAGUGGUGGUCAAUCGGCAUCUACGUCGGAUAAAAGCAGUAAGCUCGAUGCCGGCGCGGUUAUCGGGGUCUCAAUUGCAUCUGGACUUUCUGGAUUUUUCAUCGUCGGAGCCAUCAUAUUUCUUUGUUGUCAGAAAUACAGACGUCAGCACCAGGAAAAAGGUCGUGAUUUUUUCGAGAUUGGGGGUGUUAUGUCAGAGCCCCCAGAUUUUGCGUUUCCACCAGUACGGCCGACUGGACCCCGACCUAUGCCUCGUGCACCAGACAGAGACUCUGAAACCUCUAGGUUGAUCACUCCGUUUGAACCGAGGUCACAGACUCCAGCAGUUGUCGUCACUGGACCGGAAAGUCGUCACAAUGGUAGUUAUAUGGGGGGGAGUAGUACCGACAGGAUCGGCUUUGCGAUAACUUCUAAUUCUGAUGUUGAAGCUUCGCUGACUCAAUCAUCCCCACGCACGGUCUCGGACCUGUUACCGGAUAAACCAUCGUUUGGGCUUUAUCCAGAGCCGCUGAGAUGGAGUCGUCAAAAUAAGCCACGACCAAGCAGUCAUGCCACUUUAUUCGAAGAGGACGCUCUGAGGCCGCCGGGCUUUAUAGAUGCUCUCGACCAGUACCCGAAUAUCCCGAGUUCAUCAAAUCCAUCCCAAAGAGGCUGGCCCUACAAUCGGGUCCCGAUGGCGGGAUUACCUGCAAAUCCCCGUGCGAUGCUGCACGGCUUUGGGGAGGGUCAGGAUGGAAAACUUGCCAUGAGAGGCCCGAACUACUAUGGAAAGAUGCCUGCUUAUACAAACUCCGGAGAAGUACUCGAACCUCCGAGUCCAAUAGACGUAUAUGGGGGCCUACUUCACUCACCUGUCUUGGAUUCGAGUGAUUAUGCAAAUGAUACCCGGCAAGAUCGCGCUGCAGACCAUGCGAGAGCUGCCGGAAAGCCUUCAUUCCCCAAUGCUGCCCGUCGUUUAUUCCAGAACACAGACGCGAACGGUAGCUCGCCUUACGAUAUAGACGACCAUUUCGAAGACGUCGACAUCGACGACAAGACCCGUGCUCGCGAGUCCCGUCAUUCCGGUAGUUUCCGCCCGCUCACACCGGUGCGGGAAGUGAGGACGCCGACGCACGAAGCCCCCAGAUGGAACUGGGAGCUUGCCGCUAGUGACAGUGGCCCUAUGGGUCUCCCUCGCAUGCCGUUCUCUGGAGCGAUCAACCCCGGCCAAGAGAUCGUGUCCCGCCCUCGGAUUGUGGGACGAGACGAUAUCAAACGGGUCCAAAUCCGGCGAGGCAAGCCCCAACCUGAGGGCCUUAGUGCACCAUACUCCCCCGAUGACUACUGGCCUGGUCAGGAUUCUGGCUAUAGAUCUGAACCUCGUGCAUGCAUGCAGUCCGCUGAUUCUACGCGGUCCAUCGAAAGCAUGCGAGGCCACAUGCCCAAGAGGAAGCCCACGCCAUCGGAACGGAAUCUGACACCGUCGCGUAGCGGCUCCGAUCUGAUCCUGCGCGUGGAUUGA